UGUAUUUAUUAAUGUUAUGUUUCUGGGGUUGUUAUUGUGGUACGCAUGUAGUUGAAUGUGGUAGUGGAGUGUUUCGAUUUUUGUCAAUUCUCCUCUACUACUGUUGUGUACUUAUAUAUAACAAAUAUAUAUGGGGAUUAAUAAACUUCCGUCAUCCAUGUUCCCAUAGCGAUACUCAUUACGCUCAUCUGCUAGACAUCAGCCGUAUCAACAGCUAUUUGAAAUGGAUGACCCAGAAGACACGAGCCGGGAUAAUGUGCUUUGGGGCGAUGCCAUGGAGGAGAUAUUCAUCAACAUGCUCUACCAGGACGCCCUUCAAGGUAGAUUAAAGGGCGGAAAGAUAACGUUUAGAGAGCAUGGAGUUUAUGCACAACGACUCACCGCUGUUGGGAAGAAAGUGUUUGACGGGAACCAGGUUCGUGGAAAAUUGACGAGGUUGAAGGGGAUGCAGCGCUUGUUUACCGAUUUGUUGAGCCAAACUGGUAUGGGUUGGGAUCCCGACACAAAGACAGUAGUCGCGAGUGACAAGUGCUGGGAAAAUGCCAUUAGGGUUAAAUCGAAAUGGGGGAGGUUUCGUACUUUUGGCUGCCCAAAGUACGAGGAGUUGUGCACCAUAUUUGGCGCUUCAGUUGCAUACGAGACUAUGCAACACGCAUCAACACAGCUACCCGCAGAUAGCGACGAGGAGCGGCGCCUGGAUGAGGAGAUGCGAGCUCGACGCCCUCCCGCACUAGGCCAUCGACAAGGAUUGCCCAUUGACAAUGAUGGCUUUAUUGACUUGAUGGGGAUCGGGUCACCUUCAGUCGAUGCAGUGACACAAUCAUCACGUAGGCCGAAGACAAGAAAGAAGAGCGAUUUUGAGGUGCAGCUUUCUGAGGCCGUGGAGGAGGUGAAACUGACGCAGAGAGCGAGGCGUAAACGAUAUGAGGAUCAAGAAGCUGUGGAAUCAUCGAAGCGCAGCAAAGAGUCACAGCCUAGUGAUGGGACCAAUGGGGGGUAUGAUCCGAUUAAUCAUUGUGCGACAUUGCUCAGCGAGCUUUCCCCGAGGUUGGAGUCAUCCCAACUUGUUCGCGCAAUUAAGGAAUUACUAAACCCAGAUAUGCGACAGUUUUUCUUGUCCUUGAAUGCUGCAGGGAGGGACGAUUGGGCCCGUAAUUAUUAAAGUAGGCUCAUUUUUAAUUGUUAGGUUAUAUUUUCGAUGGCAUUGUCACCCUUUAUUUUUCAUGAGACCAUUUGUAUUCCUUUGAUGAGUUUAUAAACAGCUACUUUUCCAAUGUGGGUUGUCUGUUUGAUUUGUUGUAAUCUCAUCGAAAUGAGGACGGAUUAUGAAUGCCCUGUUUUAGGCUCUGUUCGGAUUAUGUAUGAUUAUAUUGGAUUAUGUUUAAUUAUUAUAUGGUUAUCGUAAUGCCCCCUUAUUAUUUUGUUAACUUGAGAGAGAUUAUUUACAACUGUUGUAAAGAUAAAAUGUACGAAUUAACCCACUGUGCACAAUGGGAAUUGGUCAGCAGGAAGCUACUCGAUGAACGUGAAUCGAGAUGCAGAUGAUAUGUUCCCUAAUGUGUGUUGGACUGAUAGUAGUGAAGAUGACCUUGCAAUUGAUGAUCUUGAGACACUCGCAUUUCUUGUGAGGGCUGGUAGAGAAGCACAACAACAGCUUAAACAGCCACAACACAAUAUUGGAUUACGGGGACAUCAAU